CGGGGCUCCUGUGAGUAGCGGUGACUGCAGCGCGGGCGGGCGAGGUCAGCGGACGCCGCCGGCGGCCGGCCGUGUCCGCCGCGGGAUGAGGAAGCGGACCGAGCCCGUCGCCUUGGAGCAUGAGCGCUGCGCCGCCUCGGGCUCGUCCUCCUCCGGCUCGGCCGCCGCGGCGCUGGACGCCGACUGCCGCCUGAAGCAGAACCUGCGCCUGGCGGGCAAGAGGCCGGCAGAGCCGCGCUGCGCCGCGGACGCGGGCAUGAAGCGGGCUCUGGGCAGGCGAAAGGGCCUAUGGUUCCGACUGAGGAAGAUACUUCUCUGUAUUCUGGGGUUGUAUGUUGCCAUUCCAUUUCUCAUCAAACUAUGUCCUGGGAUACAGGCCAAACUGAUUUUCUUGAAUUUUGUGAGGGUUCCUUAUUUCAUUGACUUGAAAAAACCGCAGGAUCAAGGUUUGAAUCACACAUGUAAUUACUACCUCGAGCCAGAGGAAGACGUGACCAUUGGAGUCUGGCACACUGUCCCUGCUGUCUGGUGGAAGGAUGCCCAGGGAAAGGACCAGAUAUGGUACGAGGAUGCCUUGGCUUCCAGUCACCCUAUCAUCCUGUACCUGCAUGGGAAUGCAGGCACAAGAGGAGGCGACCACCGGGUGGAACUUUACAAGGUGCUGAGUUCCCUCGGUUAUCACGUGGUCACCUUUGACUACAGAGGUUGGGGUGACUCGGUAGGAACGCCAUCGGAGCGAGGCAUGACAUAUGACGCACUCCAUGUUUUUGACUGGAUCAAAGCAAGAAGUGGAGACAACCCUGUGUAUAUUUGGGGUCAUUCUCUAGGCACUGGAGUGGCAACAAAUCUGGUACGGCGCCUCUGUGAGCGAGAGACACCUCCAGAUGCCCUUAUAUUGGAAUCUCCAUUCACUAAUAUACGUGAAGAAGCUAAGAGCCAUCCCUUCUCAGUGAUAUACCGAUACUUCCCUGGGUUUGACUGGUUCUUCCUCGACCCCAUUACAAGCAGUGGAAUUAAAUUUGCAAAUGAUGAAAAUGUGAAGCAUAUCUCCUGCUCCCUGCUCAUCCUGCAUGCCGAGGACGACCCGGUUGUGCCCUUCCAGCUUGGCAGAAAGCUCUACAACAUCGCUGCUCCAUCCCGAAGCUUCCGAGACUUCAAAGUUCAGUUUAUCCCCUUCCACUCAGACCUUGGCUACAGGCACAAGUAUAUCUACAAGAGCCCUGAGCUUCCACGGAUACUGAGGGAAUUCCUGGGGAAGUCAGAACCUGGGCGCCAACACUGAGUCUUGCUGCCUGAAGGAGCAUGAAGACCUCUACCCUCCUCCCCUUUGCUCCAGCCAACCUGGCACCCUGGGGCCCAGGGGUGCCAGCGUCUUCAGUGCCCCCGGAGAGAGGACUUGGAUGCCAGCUGGGGCAGGCGGAGGAGACCCGGCAGACCUGAGGCACCUGUCUUGGGUGGCUGGGAGCAUGGAUCUGUGUGGAAAACACAGGUUGCAGGCAUGGGAUCCCCUCUCCCUCUUGUUGCCACUCAACCCGAGCUCUCAUUGGGAAGACAGUGACAGAGCAGGCCAGCCGCCAGCUGGUCUAUCCCGCACUUGCUGAGCUGGGCACAGGGAGCCUGGGGCAGGAGGCUUGGGGUCUUGGGGCCACACUGAGCUUUCCAGCAUCACUGGUAAGAUCGUGGGGAGAUGGGUUCUGUCCCUUCCCAGCCCACGCAGAAUAGACUCUAAUGGUCCCAUUGGCACCCCCCCAACCCAGAGCACCCUGCUUGCCUACCUUGGCAGUCCCUGCCUCCCUGGGCAGGUCCCACUGCUCACAACGGGGGAGGUGAGGUGCCCGUGACCUGCACUUCCUCCACUUUCUGCCCACCUUUCCGCCUAACCUGGCCUUAGACUGAGCAUUUAUUUAAGAAUAAAAUCGUGGUGGUGGUCUA